CGCUCCAAACAUGGCCGCUUCCAUGCGCUAACGUGAGAGCGAAGCUCACACACCGAGCCUUAGCGCAGUGAGGGAACAGUUACCGUGCGGCCACCCGUGUCGCUUUUACAGUUAAACCCCUGGCAAUUUAAGAAAGCGGUGUCCACCAGGAGGGCGUGUCGCAGAGGGUGUAACUUUAUGCUGCUGUGGACGGCUCGGCUUUCCCCCUGCGUCAUCUCCCAUCAUCUGCAUCCUUCCUGGACUCAUUCUGCCAGUCAGACGUUUCAUUGGAGCUUAGGCAUUGCUGCUGCUGCUGCUGCCAGUAGGGGCCUGAAAUCCAUGGAACCCCUAAAAGCUCCUCAGGACCCCGAGAUUCCCACCAGCAAACCUCCUCCUGCACCCGCCGAGCCUUCAGCUGAAGCUACGAGCUCGGCAGCCACCGACACCGCAGCAGGCAAGGAGAGGACGUCUGCUGGGGGACUGUUGCCUGGGGAGACGGUGGUUAAGGAGGGCAAGGCAGCCAUCUUGUUUCCCAGUGCUAACGAGGUGUUUUACAACCCAGUCCAGGAGUUUAACAGAGAUUUGACAUGUGCUGUGAUCACAGAGUUUGCCAGAGACGUGCUGGCUCAGCGUGGGGUGAAGGUGGUGGUCCCUGGAGACAAAGACAGGGUGGUGGUCUCCCUCUCAGAGGAGGCCAACGAGACGGACGUGCAGACGGAGGACAAAAACGGAGCGGAGGAGCCAGCUGUAACUGCAACAGUGGGGGAGAAAUGUGAGCGCGGUCUUCGUGUGCUGGAGGGUCUGGCGGCGUCCGGUCUGCGCUCCGUGCGUUUCGCUCUGGAAGUCCCGGGCCUGCAGAGCGUCACCGCCAACGACUUCUCCACCAAGGCGGCGGCGCUGAUCGCCAGGAACGCUGAGUACAACGGAGUCAGCCACCUGCUCCAGGCCAGCUGCAAGGACGCCAGCAUGCUGAUGUACGAGAUGCGGGGGAAGAAGGAGCGUUAUGAUGUAAUCGAUCUGGAUCCUUACGGCAGUCCUGCCACCUUCCUGGAUGCCGCCGUGCAGGCCGUCAGUGAGGGAGGUCUGUUGUGUAUAACAUGUACAGACAUGGCAGUGAUGGCAGGAAACAGUGGAGAGACCUGCUACAGCAAAUACGGUUCAGUCUCCAUCAAAGCCAAAUACUGUCAUGAGAUGGCUCUUCGCAUCAUCCUCCACAGUUUGGACCAGAGGGCGGGGGUGCACCAGCGAUACAUCCAGCCCCUGCUGGCCAUCAGCGCCGACUUCUACAUCAGGGUCUUUGUACGUGUCUUCACAGGACAGGCCACAGUGAAAAACUCCGCCAGUAAACAGGCUCUGGUCUACAACUGUGUCGGCUGCGGGUCUUUUCACCUUCAGAGGAUGGGCAGGAGGACAGCCAAUGGAAAACACAUGAAGUAUUCUCCAGCCACCGGACCCCCAGUCGGACCAGAGUGUGAGCACUGUGGACAGAGACAUCAGCUGGGUGGUCCUCUGUGGGCCGAGCCCAUCCACGACCUGUCGUUCGUCCAGAAGGUUCUGUCCGCCGUGUCGGGGAACCCGUCCCGAUUUGGGACGUCCAAACGCAUCGAGGGCAUGUUGAGCAUGAUGACUGAGGAGUUGGAGGACGUUCCUCUUUAUUACACUGUGGACAGUCUGAGCAGCACGAUGCACUGCAACACUCCACCCCUGCUGCAGUUCAGGUCUGCUCUCCUUCAUGCUGGCCACAGGGUUUCCCUCUCUCACGCCUGCAAGAACGCCAUCAAGACGGACGCUCCUCCUGCAGUCCUCUGGGACAUCAUGCGAUGCUGGGAGAAGACCAAUCCCGUCAAGAGGGAGAAGCUGUCAGAGACGAGUCCCGCCUUCAGGAUCCUGUCCACGGAGCCCAGCUUAGAAGCCUGUUUCACCGUGAGGGAGGACGCCAACCCUCAGUCCCGUAAACGCCACCUGACCCGCUUCCAGGAGAAUCCUCAGGCCUUCUGGGGACCCAAAGCUCGUGCCAAAGCAGGAGGUGGCAUUUCCACUGACCUGCAGGACAAGAGGAAAAAGUGCCAGAACAAGAGGAAGAACCAGAUCACAGACUCGUCUCAGCUGAAAGACUUCCCCUGCAAGAAGUUCAGGCAGGGAAUUUGCACCUAUGGAGACAAAUGCUGCUACUCCCACGACUCAGAGCCGACAGAAGAGGAGAAAAUGGAGGGAUAAAGUGAGAAUGAGUGGCUGCACUCAGUAUUUGGGUGGGGAACAUGUCAGUUAUUCAGUUUUAUGUUGGAUCCUUUUUGUUUUAAGAUUUUUUUUUUUUUUUUAUUAAAGAAAGUGUUUCAGUCCAAUAAAGUCCUCGUGCUG